AUGACAAUUGCAAAGACCGUCCGCAUCACUGCUGGCCCGUACCAAUUCCUUGCGAAUUUCGAGUCGGCUGCGCCCAAAACGGUCGAGCUCUUCGUUUCACUCCUCCCAUAUCGCCAGAAACUCAUCCAUGUACGAUGGAGCGGAGAGGCAAUGUGGAUUCCGUUGGGCGAGACCGACUUCGGUAUUCCCUUUGAAAACCAUACAUCUCAUCCGGCUUCCGGCCAGAUUCUCUUAUACCCGGGGGGUAUUUCCGAAACCGAGUUUCUCUUCUGCUACGGCGGCGUCUCUUUUGCAAGCAAGAUGGGCUCACUAGCUGCUAAUCACUUCUUGACGAUCAUUGAAGGGAAUGAGAACCUUCGUGCCCUUGGGGAAUUGGUUCUUUGGAAGGGUGCUCAGGACGUGUUGUUUGAAUUGAUCGAGGAAGAGAAGUAA